AUGGAGUCCCCCUCAGCCCCUGCCCACAGAGGACUUCUCCCCUGGCAGGGGCUCCUGCUGGCUGCCUCACUCCUCACCCUCUGGAGCCUGCCCACCACUGCCCAGCUCACUAUUGAAUCAGUGCCGCCCGAUGCUGCCGAAGGGAAGGACGUGCUUCUCCGUGUUCACAACCUGCCUGGGGAUCUUGGAAGCUAUAACUGGUACAAAGGGGAAACAGGAAACAACAAUAAAAUUGUAACAUAUGUAAUAGACACUCAAACAACUAUCCCCGGGCCUGCAAACAGUGGUAGAGAGACAAUAUACCACAAUGGAUCCCUCCUGUUCCAGCACGUCACCCUGAACGACACAGGAUACUACAUCCUACAUGCCAUAGACAAAAAUUUUCAGAGCGAACAAGUAACUGGACAGCUCCGUGUACACCCGGUGUUACCCAAACCCAGCAUCACAAGCAACAACUCCAACCCUGAGGAGCACAAGGACCCUGUCGUGUUAACCUGUGAACCUCAGAUUCAGGACACCACCUACCUGUGGUUGAUCAACAGUCAGAGUCUCCCUGCCAGUGCCAGGCUGCAGCUGUCCAUGGACAACAGGACUCUCACUUUACUCGCUGUCACAAGGAAUGACACAGGAUCCUAUGAGUGUGAAACCCGGAACCCCGUGAGUGCCGCCCGCAGUGACCCAUUCACCCUGAAUGUUCUCUAUGGCCCGGACACCCCCAACAUUUCCCCCUCCUACUCUCAUUAUCUACGUGGGAAAAACCUCAGCCUCACAUGCCAUGCAGCCUCUAACCCGCCUGCACAGUAUUCUUGGUUUAUCAAUGGAAGGCCCCAGCAACCCACACAAGAGCUCUUUAUCCCCAACAUCACUGCACAUGACAGUGGAUUCUAUACCUGCCUCGCCCAGAACUCUGUCACUGGCCUCAAAGGGACCACGGUCAAGACUAUCACAGUCCAUGAGCCAGUGGGGAAGCCCACCCUCCGAGCCAGCAAUGCCAUAGUCACAGAGCAGAAGGACACCGUGGUCCUGACCUGCCUCACAAAUGACACUGGGAUCUCCAGCCGGUGGCUCUUCAAGAACCAGAAUCUCCUGCUCACAGACAGGAUGAAGCUGUCCCGGGACAACAGCACCCUCACCAUCGACCCUGUCAGGAGGGAGGACGCUGGGGGUUAUCAGUGUGAGGUCUUCAACCCUGUCAGUACCGGCAAAAGUGACCCCUUCAGGCUGGAUGUGCAAUGUGAGUGACCCUCGACCUCUCCCACUUGCCUUUGUAUAUGUCACGGGCAGGGGAUGAGAUGGAUGAAAGCCUUGAGUAGAUGGGAGCCUCCUUCAGAGCCUAUAGAGCACAUGGGUAAGGACCCCAGGAUUAGACUAAU